CCUGAGUGUCAGACGGCAUCUCCUCUUAUUAUGUUCUCUUUGCGCUGAUCACUAUACCUGCUCGGUAUGUCUGGAGGUCCUGAAAGAGCCGGCCACUCUCCUGCAUGGACACAACUAGUGUCUGAAAUGUUUUAAUGAGCAUUGGGAUCAGUUGGUGUUAAAAGGGUCUCACGACUGCCCGCAGUGCAGAAUGGAAUUCCAUCCAAAGCCACAGCUCCACAAAAAUACAACUCUGAUGAAUCUGAUAGAAAAGUUGAAGGAAACGGCGGUCGACAGGACUCCACCUCAGGGUACUGCAGGGCCGGGCAGUGUGUCCUGUGAUGUUUGUCCAGAGAGGAAACGGAGAGCUUCAAAGACCUGCAUGACCUGCUUGGUCUCCUUCUGCGAGACUCACCUGCAGCCACACUUGGACUCAGCAGCCUUCAAGAGACACAAACUGGAGGAACCAACUGGAAACCUGGAAGAGAAGCUCUGCUCAAAGCACCAGAGACUCCUGGAGAUGUUCUGUAGGACCGACGAGAGCUGUGUCUGCUUACUGUGCGCGGUGACUGAGCACAAGAGUCACGACACCAAGAUGCUCGAUGAGGAGACAACUGAGAGAAAGAGUCAGCUGGAGAGCACAACAGCAGAAGUGAAAAAGAGACUCCUGAAGAAAAGGAAAAUGGUGGUCAAACUGAAGAAGACUUCAGUGAAGAUUCAGAGGUCAGCAAACAAGGAAGUGCAGGAACACGAGACAAACGUCAAGUCUGCACUUCAAUCCCUUGAAAGACUGAGGUCAAAGGUCACCAAAAUGAUCAGGAAUCAUAAGCAGAGGGAACUGCAAAGGGCUAAAGUGCUCAUUGAAAAACUGGAGAAGGAGAUCGGGGAGUUGAAGAGCAGAGACGCCGAGCUGGCCGAACUGUUACAGACAAGCGACCAUCUCAGCCUUGUAAAGAAGUUCCCAUGUCUCAGUCUCCCUCCUGAAGAUGGAGCCUCACACGAGGUUGCUGUUAAAGGAGAUUUCCUUCCUAAGACUCUAAGAAAGAAAAUGUCUGCCCUGAAAAAGCAUCAGGAGGAGAUCAAUGGCUGGCACUUUGUUAAGACCAUUGAAGCCGGAGGUGACACUUCAGGUGAUGUUUGGCAGAAGUUGGAGAGCAGAAAUGACUUUUUAAAAUACUCCUGUCCGCUCACCUUGGACCCCAACACGGCACACAGACGCCUCUGCCUGUUUGAAGGGAACAGGAUGGUGAAUUGUGAGGAGGCAGAGGCCUCGUAUCCUGCUCACCCUGACAGAUUUGACUGUUGGGAGCAAAUUCUGUGCAGAGAGGCUCUGAAUGGGACCCGCUGCUACUGGGAGGUCAUGUGGAGUGGAAAAAAGGCUGAGAUUGGAGUGACGUAUAAAGGAAUUGGAAGGAAAGGCGUGGGAAACGAGUGUGUCCUCGGGUUCAACGACAAGUCCUGGAGUUUGUACUGCUGUGAUUCCAGUUACUCUGCGUGGCACAACAAGAGGCAGACUCAGAUCAGAGACCCCCGCAGUCACAGAAUAGGCGUCUAUCUGGACUGUCCAGGUGGCUCCCUCUCAUUUUAUAGCGUCUCAGACACCAUGACCCUCCUGCACAAGUUCAGCACCUCCUUCAAUGAGCCGCUCUAUCCGGGGUUUGGUCUUGGAUUGGCUUCCACUGUGACAAUCUGCCCUCCAUUACAGCUUAGCUGCCCUUCGUCUGUAGGUCACUCCAUGCCUUCUGUCACACAGACAGUCUGACGGUUUUAGAGUCAAGGGGGAAACUUCCAUGGAUGGAGUCGCAGUUCUUUUGUUACUUCAUUCCUGGUACUUGUCUCCCACACACUCACACACAUAUACACCUGCUGGCCGCCCUGCCAUUCUUCCUACUGGAAUGACCCUGGACAGUCGUGGUCAGCAGACACCCACCUUCAAUGUGGUCAACAUGACUUGAGUCGACUUCCAUUCAGAGGACAUCAGAGCAAAACCCCUGACCAAUAGUGGACCUGGUCCAUUCGGCCCAGUUUAUGUUCAGUGCCCUCAAGUUGCAUUCUCUUUAUAAUUUAAAAUUUAAACUCAGUCUGGGCACGGUGGCGCAGUGGUAGUGCUGCUGCCUCGCAGUAAGGAGACCUGGGUUCACUUCCCGGGUCCUCCCUGCGUGGAGUUUGCAUGUUCUCCCCGUGUCUGCGUGAGUUUCCUCCCACAGUCCAAAGACAUUCAGGUUAGGUGCA